AUGACAGGCUUCGAUUUCUCCAACUACAACCGUAACGCGGCGCUCCACGCGAAGGGAGUUCCUCUUCCCAAGGCCACCAGUACCGGUACAACCAUCGUGGGAUGUAUAUACGACAAUGGCGUUGUGAUUGCAGCAGAUACCAGAGCCACCAGCGGCCCGAUAGUAGCAGACAAGGUAAACACCCAUUCCCCCUCCUCCUCCCUGGGCACUCACAACCAUUCCAAUCCAACAAAACAACUAACACACAUAUCCCCACACCUCCAGAACUGCGAGAAACUACACUACAUCGCGCCCAAGAUCUGGUGCGCGGGAGCCGGAACGGCCGCGGACACCGAGUUCACUACGGCGUUGAUCAGCUCGAACAUCGAAUUGCACUCACUUUCGACGGGCCGGCCCCCACGCGUAAUCACCUGCAUGACGAUGCUGAAGCAGCACCUAUUCCGAUACCAAGGCCACAUCGGCGCCUACCUAGUCGUGGCAGGUGUCGACCCCACCGGCAUUGGUCUUUUCACCGUCCACGCCCACGGAUCCACCGACAAGCUUCCCUACGUGACCAUGGGAUCUGGUUCCCUGGCCGCGAUGUCCGUGUUCGAGUCGACAUGGAAGCCGAACCUGGACCGUGAGGGUGCGAUCGCCCUGUGCGCGGAGGCCAUCAAGGCUGGUAUCUUCAACGAUCUGGGAUCUGGUAGCAAUGUCGAUGUUUGUGUCAUUGAGAAGGACAAGCCUACGCAGUUGCUGCGCAACUACAUCAAGCCUAAUGAGCGUGGCGAGAAAGAGCGCAAUUACCGUUUCCCUAAGGGUACUACGGCUUAUUUGAACCAGAAGAUCAUCAGCAAGGAGGAUAUGCGGAAGUAUAUCUCUGUUGAGGAGGCGUCGGGUGAUCCUAACUUGAUGGAGGUGGAUGUCUGA